GUUCUGACGUCGCACUGCCACUAGACGAUAGAUAUAUAAAUGUGGUUGCCAACUUGCAAUCCUGUUCGUCUUGAGGGUUGGUUCCAGGUAGCACAGCAUGGCAUCUUCUGGCCUCCCCUUAAAACUCAAUGCUCUCGAGCAUGAUAUCGAGAAGGUCACCGUAUACAAUGAUCGUGCAGCAGUCACUCGAAGAUUCCAAGUCGAUUUUAAAGCAGGACAGAACGAGAUUACUAUCAGCCGCCUGCCAAAAGUCCUCGAGUCUGACUCGAUUCGGGUCGAAACAGAAACAACUAGCUCUUCGCAGGCGCUCACUGUCUUUGAUGUUGUCUAUAUCGCUCCAAAAUCAAGAGGCGGUUCUUCUGGGUCUGACCCCUUUAUCGGGCUUGAAGAUAAGCGCUCUACACUGGAGAACCGGCUCCAGACUAUUGAGCGGCAGAGUACCAUCCUGUCGUCUUAUGCCGAAGGCCUUAGUGGUAAAGACACGAGUGCAGAGCAACUUGAGUCCUUCCUCGAAAUGUACUCAGCUAGAAGUGAGAAGUUACACGCUCUGGAACAGGAAUUGCGCAAGGAAAUGGCGGAUCUCUCGCAUGAACUCCAAGAAAAAAGAAUGCAAUCAAAUUCCGAGCAUGAGGCAAGGAAGUCUGCUGGUGUCAGUGUCACCAUCCUCGCUGAAAAGGAGGGCCCUGCCGAUCUGAUUUUGUCAUAUGUUGUCACGAACGCCCACUGGAGAAGUCUAUACGAUGUUCGGGCGGAUGUGGGCACUCAGCUUGCGUCAGGCAAGUCAGAUUCACCAACGAUUACCCUACAAUAUCGCGCUUCUAUUUCACAAUCUACCGGAGAGGAUUGGAAGGGCGUCACUCUCACCUUAAGCACCGCUUCACCACUUGUGGCAUCGGAUAUUCCGGACUUGCAACCAUGGACCAUCGGGCCACCACCACUGCCUAUAGCAGUGCCGCUCACCCAUAGAGUCCGAACAAAGCAAACUGCAAGAAAGUCGACUGCGCCCCUGCGAACACAUGAAUCAGUAUUCGAUGAAUCGGAUGAGGAUAUGCUUCUUGCGAGUUCCAUUGCUUUCAAAUCUAGGCAGGCUACAGCAAGGGCGAGUGAAGGUGCUGUCAGCUCGUCCUUCGAAGUAGAAGGCAGUCCAAACAUUCCUAGUGACCGCACGUCACACAAGGUGUCUAUCGUAUCUCUUGAGCUUGCCGCAACAUUGCAGUGGGUGACCGUUCCGAGGAAGGCACCUUCCGCAUUCCUUCAAUGCCGAAUCAAGAAUACCAGCAACUAUCUGUUGAUCUCGGGUCCAAGCAGUGUGUUCAUGGACGGCAACUUCGUUUCCAAGUCCAGCAUUCCAGAUGUCAGCCCUCAAGAAAGCUUCUCGUGUUCUUUGGGCGUCGAUCCAUCGAUCAAAAUUACAUACCACCCCCAAUCUAAGGUCGUACGCUCACAGGGGGGUUCUCUCAUCUCAAUGUCGAGCAAGCAGCAAGUUACCAGAUUUGGUCAACGUAUCAGUAUCAAGAAUACACGUCCAUCAAGCCUUUCACGUCUCGUCGUUCGGGAACAGGUACCAAACAGCGAGGAUUCGCGCAUCAAAGUCACUGUGCUCCAGCCUGAGGAGAGGUACAUUGGAGCCCCUAGCCAAGGCUAUGCCACCGCGAAAUACAACUCAGCUUCAACCCAAAAUGCGGAGACGCUUGUUCACACUGUCCGCAAAGGUGUGGUGGCACAGUGGGCACAAAAGAAAGAAGAUGACUUCGGGGGAACUGGUGGUGCGAGAGGCGAUGGAGUAAUUGAGUGGCUUUGCAGUGAUGUGGAAUCGUCAAUGGACUUGGAGCUAGAGUACGAGGUUUCUGCUCCCUAUGGCACUCAUUGGACAACAAUCUAACCCACAUGGAGCAUACUAAAUAUCUCUGUUGCUUGCUACUCCUGUUUGUUCUGUGAUGUAUUACAUAGGGGACCCAAUACCAUUGAUCAUUACGAUCCAGCUAUCGAGACGGAAGUUGUUUGAUUCGACAAUAGAUCACUAUUUCCAAUCCAAUCCUUGUGGAGCCGAAACUUCAUACUCGAGUUCCAAAUCGAGUACGGCCUCGACGUCUGAGCAAAUCCAUUCGAU